AUGGCCAAACAUUUAAGUAUGAAAGUUUCCCUGCCUCAGACCUUCAGAGACAUUACAAAUGUGAGCAAUGCUGACCUGCAUGGGAUUCUACGGCAGUUUGAUCUCCCUACAAAAGGGAAACGUACACACAUAUAUACACUACUGGAAAGACACCUGAACAUUAAGACAGAUGAUGCCGGUGAUCAAGACCCUUUUCUGCAGACACUGCAAGACAUAACAAGUUUGAAAGAUGGAUGGACCAAGGAUAUACGCAAGGUUCCACAUAUCACACUGGACCAAAUUAAGCGGUUUCUCUAUGCGGCUCAUGACAUAGCUGAAGAAGGUCCAAAAGGCUGCUUUGAGGAAUAUUCGGAGAACAGCUUACGUGCUAACAAAGCCCUGCGUGCUUACGACUUGUGGGAAUCGGGCCAUAUCAGUGGCUAUAUGCUCAACCCAUUAAACGACAUCGAACAUUAUACUGCAUUGACCUGCGUGGCUAAUCCAUCUGGUGACACUAGUGGUACUCAGUACAGUGUGACAGUAGUUAUCAGUGACAAUGGUGAGCCAAUAGGGGCAUCAUGUACUUGUGUUGCUGGAAAAGGUGAAGCAUGCACACAUAUUGCUGGUCUGCUUUUUGGAAUCGAGGACUUCGUGGCACGUGGCUAUCGGGGUCUUCCUGGUGGUGACUUUUUGACUGAUAAACUAUGUCGUUGGAUUGUCCCAAAGGGCCCUAAGGUUGAUCCGAAACCGAUAUGCGAGGUUUCCGUGAAGAAGAACAUUCCGGGAAAGCCAAAAAAAGAAAAAAAAAGUGCUACUAGUUAUGAACCUUUGCCUGAACAACUACAACCAGUGAACUUUGAUAGUUUAACUGUACUGCAUCACACCUUAAGACAUUAG